AUGGUCCUGACCCAGCGGGAUGUCGACAUCAUCUCGACACGACCUCUCCGUGGCUUUCUCGAUUCAUGUCGAGCUCAGCUGUGCCGCUCCGAUCUGGACGAGCCUCUACAGGAAGACAUCAGCGACCUUUUAGGCUGUCUGGUUCUGUCGCCCGCUGCGUAUAGCCUCCUCUCUCGCGACGGAGAUGACAGGAUGGCAGUCAGAUUGCUAUCCAUACGACGGCAGCUUCAGAAAGGCACACUUGACCUCUAUCACUUCGUACCCUUGAUCCGACACAUAGUCGACGAAUCACCCGACCAUGUCGUCUGGGCCUCAGUCUUUGACGUCGUCGACGCUCUUGGCAUACACACGCCCCCACCGACUGGUAUCGUCCCAACCUUCGCAGGGACUCCCGUCAAGGCGAGCUCGGGUCGGCUUGCCGACAACGAAACACGCGAGGUUAUCGAGAAGGAGCUCCUCUUCGAGAUCAGGGACUGCACCUUUCGCGGUGUCGGCGGCUUCUGCGAUAAAUUCUUCAACCCCCAGAACUGGAGCGAUGAUCAGAGAAGAAUGUUACAAGACGUGAUGACGGCGUACGAUGGGAAGAAGUGGUCGGCAUUUCCAUCAGUUACUAACGAAUGGGCCGUCUGGGACUGGCUGUGUUCACUACAAGAAAGCGCCUUGGCCGGGGCACCGCACAAGCUUUAUACCACCCAGGCCGCUAACCAGUUCGAUGGACGGAAAGGCCAGAUGGAUAUAUUUUUCCAAAGGCCCACGCAUACGGAUAGAGCUUUCAUGUUUAGAGAUAUCCUCGUCAUAGGGGAGCAGAAGAAAUCCUACGAAACUAGCAGAUUCAAGGCCGACCUUCUACAGCUAACACGUCAUAUACGAAGCAUUUUUAGAGAUCAGCCUACGCGGAGAUUUAUCCACGCUUUCCUACUCUGUGCAUCUAUGAUAGAGCUCUGGGUCUUUGAUCGGUCUGGACCGUAUAGCUCGGGGCCCUUUAACAUCCACGAUAGGCCAGACCAAUUCGCACGCGCUCUUGUCGGGUACGCGACAAUGGACGAAGAGGCCAUGGGCCUAGAUACGUUUAUCGAACGGGAAGGUGAGCACCGCUAUGUUGUGCUAGACGAUAUAGACAGCGAUGCGACGAGAAUCAGGCUCAGUAGGCCGCUCGUACGGCAGAACGCAGUCGUAUGCCGAGGGACUGCAUGCUACACAACGCGAAACGGCAACGUAGCAAAGUUCUCAUGGGUCUCCGACAAGCGGAAGCUAGAGAUUGAGCAUCUAAGUCUAGCAAGAGAACGAGGCGUCAAGGGGGUGACCAAGGCGGUAGCCUAUARACGGAUCACCUCUAUCGGCGAACUACGCGAGGGCUUGGAAUUCCAUAAACGCCACCAGUUUCAGAACGACGACAGUUCUACAUUGCUACCAUUAGCAAGCCCGGUCGUCGGCUGGAAGCGCAAGCGGUCGGACGGAAUAUCCAACGAUACAUCGGGGUCAGAGAAGCGAUCUCGAGAAGCUAGCAGCCAGCUGUCGGUCAGUAAAGACAAACCUAGCCUGUAUAUGACAGGCGAGGACCUCUGGGAGAACAGGAUCUACUCUUGCCUCGUCGUAUCGCCUACCGGUCGCAUCCUCAGUAACUUCGAGACGGUCAGGGAGCUGCUCGAGGCCAUGCGAGAUGCGAUCAGAGCCCACCGGUCUCUCUAUAUCACCGGAAACAUCCUCCACCGCGAUAUCUCGUCCAACAACAUUAUCAUUACGAGACCCGAGACGGCAGAUGGCUUCAACGGCAUGCUUAUCGACCUCGAUCUAGCCAAGGAGAGAGACAGCAGGCCGAGCGGAGCGCGACAUCUGACGGGUACGGUGCAGUUCAUGGCAGUCGAGGUCCUACGUAGGGUUGACCACACCUAUCGCCACGACCUAGAGUCCUUCUUCUACGUCUUGCUCUGGAUGUGUGCACGCCAGUCAUGGUAUAACGGGUUCAAGGGUGAAGGGAAGAAGAAGAAGCCUCGGGAGAGUCUGCUACGGAAGUGGGAGGUUGGGGGAUUGGAGGAGAUUGCCAUGACUAAGGAGGGUGCUAUGAGUGUGAAUGGUCUAGAAAGGAUCAUGGGCGAGUUUCCCGAGACGCUCGAUGUGGUGAAGCCCCUAUGCUUACGGAUCAGAUCAAUCCUCUUUACGGAUACAGCGAGGAUGGUUGUCGGGACCCCGUCGGGAGACCCUGACCAGCUCUACAGUCCCAUCAUAGAAGCCUACAACGACGCAGUCGGUAGGUUAUAA